AGGCUCUGGAACUGGAAGAAAUCUCGUCAUAACUAGAACGAUGAUUGAUAAUUAAAAGUGUCUGGUGUAAGGGCGAGUUGCGGGCUUAUAUAGGGUCGCUGGAAGGCUGCGCCGUCUUUAGUGGUCGUCGCUGCCGGCAGACCGGACGCGCUGCCGUGCCGCUCGCUUUAGCCGCAACACCGCGAAACUGAACGCCGGUGCGCGAAAAACAAAACAAUAGAAAAUCAUUAAAAAAUACAGAUUAUUUAUUUGUUUUGUGACUGACUAGGUGUUUGUGAAGUGAGUUUUUAUCGGAAUCGGACAUUUUAAUUGUCUAUUCACAAAAGAGACGUUUUAAGGUUAAGGGAUCAACAAACUAUGUGGUUGCACAAAGCUGCUACUGAGAUCUUCAAACUGUGCGACCUUGCUACGUACAUAACGCCUUGUCGGUAGUUCACCGGCGUAUGACUAUUGAAACAGUCAAAAUGGAAGAUAACAGUCCUAGGUUCACAGUAUCGGCCGUGGAGCCGGAGUCGAAGAAGAAUGGCAUCCACAUGGGAGCCAGCAUCAUCUCGCGGCCCCUCCGAUCCUCGGCGGAGACGGCGGAGCGUGGCGUGGCGGUGGUCGUACCUAGCCAUCAACCAGAUACAUGGCUGCAUGAUGCCGGGUGGCGUCGGAAACGGUCAUUGGCACAGCUCACGAGGGAAGCGCUGCCAAGAAUGGAGAACUAUAGGAAUUCAAAAAGGGCGCUCAAGAGGCCGAGCUUGGGUGAGCUACACGGGGACCAUCUAAUUACUGAAGUGGACGAGAAGGACCCGAAGCGCGACACCAAGUCACCGACACCGGCCAUCGGAAUUAAAUUAGGAUGGAUCCAAGGCGUGCUCAUACCAUGUCUGCUCAACAUCUGGGGCGUGAUGCUGUUCCUGCGCAUCUCGUGGGUGGUGUCGCAGGCGGGCAUCGGGAUGUCGCUGGUCAUCAUCGCCAUCUCGGCCGUCGUGUGCGUCAUCACAACACUAUCCAUGAGCGCUAUAUGCACCAACGGCGAGGUCAAAGGAGGUGGCAUCUACUACAUCAUCUCCCGCUCCCUCGGCCCUGAGUUCGGCGCGUCCGUUGGCAUCAUCUUUGCGUUCGCUAACGCAGUGGCGGCUAGCAUGAACACCAUCGGCUUCUGCGACUCACUAAAUGACCUGUUAGGCCCGGGCGGGGGGAUAUUCUCCGACAAGAUGAAUGAUACAAGACUGAUCGGGAGCAUAGCUCUGCUGGUCAUGUGCAUCAUUUGCGCGGUUGGCAUGGAUUGGGAAAGCAAGGCUCAGAAUUUCCUGAUCGCAAUCAUCAUCGCUGCAAUAGUGGACUUCGUGGUCGGAACACUCAUGGGACCACAACACAACGUUUCCAUCGCGCGCGGCUUCGUGGGACUCAGCUCGCAAACGUUCAGCAACAACUUCUACCCGGACUGGCGGUUCAGCGAGGGCCUGAACCAGGACUUCUUCAGCGUGUUCGCUAUCUUCUUCCCGUCGGUCACCGGUAUCCAGGCCGGCGCCAACAUCUCCGGCGACCUCAAGGAUCCAGCGUCAGCUAUCCCGAAAGGCACGCUGCUAUCCCUGCUCAUUUCCAUGAUAAGCUACGCCCUGAUGGUCCUAUUCUCCGGUGGUGGCGCUCUGCGAGAUGCUAGUGGCAACAUAACCGAUCUCAUAAUUGACAAUGGCACCUUUAUAGACCUGGGAACUGUCUCCGACUGUGCCAACACUACAGGUGGAUGUCCGCAUGGACUGCACAAUGAUUAUUCCGUUAUGCAACUGAUGUCAGCAUGGGGCCCCCUGAUCUACGGGGGCUGCUGGGCGGCGACGCUGUCCACCGCGCUGACCAACCUGCUGUCAGUCCCGCGACUGAUCCAGGCUCUGGGCGUGGACCGCAUCUACCCUGGCCUCAUCUUCUUCUCCAAGGGCUACGGGAAGCAUGGCGAGCCUUACCGCGGAUACGUGCUCACGUUUUUGGUUUCACUUAUAUUCUUACUUAUUGCUGACCUGAACACCAUCGCACCACUGAUCUCCAAUUUCUACCUGGCCUCGUACGCGCUCAUCAACUUCUGUACCUUCCACGCGGCACUCGUGCGCCCGCUGGGCUGGCGCCCUACUUUCAGGUUCUACAACAUGUGGAUAUCGCUGGCCGGGUUCCUGAUGUGCGUGGCCAUCAUGUUGCUUAUCAGCUGGAAAAUGUCACUCAUCACCUUCGCCAUCUUCCUGACGCUCUAUCUCAUCGUGCAUUACCGGAAGCCGGACGUAAAUUGGGGCAGCAGUACCCAAGCUCAGAUGUACAAGACGGCGCUAUCGAGUGCGCACAACUUGGCCCGCACCGGGGAACACGUGAAGAACUAUUGGCCGCAGCUGUUGGUGCUGGCUGGUCGGCCGCAGGCUCGCCCGGCGCUCAUAGAUCUCGGUCAUCUCAUCACAAAGGCUGGCUCGUUGAUGAUUGUCGGAGACGUAACGCAGGGCAAGCUAUCGUACAAGGAGCGCAGCGCUCGUACCCGCUCCAACGACGAGUGGCUCCGAGGGCGCAAGAUCAAGGCGUUCAGCGCCGGCGUGCACGGCUUCAACUUCGAGCAGGGUGCGCGGGCACUCAUACAGGCGGCUGGGGUUGGCCGGCUGUCGCCGAAUGUGAUGCUUAUGGGAUACAAGGCGGACUGGGCCACGGCGCCCGCCAGCGAUCUUGAGGCUUACUUCAAUGUACUACACACGGCAUUCGAGAACCGUCUAGCGGUUGCGAUCCUCCGUGUGGCCGGCGGACUGGACUACGGGCCGGUGACGGCGGAGGACGCGCCGGUCACGGGACUCACGGCCACUUCCAGCGGCAGUGGGGACCUCCGUGUGCGCUCGCCCAAUGUCAUGAUGCACGCUGACUCCGACCUCGACAUACGGGGAGAUUCACAGCCUUCCAGCAGGCAUAAUCUGCAGAGUUUGUUGACUAUGACUACUUCGCGAUCUUUCACGAUUUCGGAGGGCAAAGAGAACGGCAAGAAGAAGCCGAUGGAUAUCCAUCGGCAAAUCGUCUAUAAGGCAUCCAGCGGCGUGGAGCUCUCUAAGGAUCAACUUUCACAAAUGACCAUUUUUCAGAAGAAGCAGGAAUCAGGUACUCUUGACGUAUGGUGGUUGUACGACGACGGCGGUCUGACGAUCCUGCUGCCGUACAUCCUGUCGCAGCGCACUGCGUGGUCACACUGCAAGCUGCGCGUGUUCGCGCUCGCCAACCGCCGCCACGAGCUCGAGCUAGAGGAGAGGAACAUGGCGAACCUGUUGUCGAAGUUCCGUAUCGACUAUUCAUCACUGACCAUGGUGCAGGACAUCACCGAAGCUCCGCAGCCGGAGACGAAGAAAAUGUUCGACGACCUCGUCGCCAAAUUCGUUGACAACACAAACGAAGAAUGUAAAAUAAGCGAGGUGGAGCUGUUAACGUUAGCUGAAAAGACAAACCGACAGCUGCGGCUGCGGGAGCUACUGCUGGAAAAGUCCAAGGACGCCAACCUGGUGGUCAUGUCCCUGCCGAUGCCUAGGAAGGGGUCGGUGUCAGCUCCGCUGUAUAUGGCGUGGCUUGAGGUGUUGAGCCGCGACCUGCCUCCCAUGCUGUUCGUGCGAGGCAACCACACCUCCGUGCUCACCUUCUACUCGUAAAUAAUCGAUGCACAAACUUGAUAAACGCGAGUUUUGUGUUAAAAAGACAAUUUUUAAAGACACACCAUCCCAGUUGACAUUUAAUGUAUGUGGGAGGGGGGUGUACACGAUUGGGCAGAGCGCCGUCCUUUAAUAUUUAAGUCCUUAGCCUCGAAAUCAAAUUUAAAAGUAAAUAUCCUGUAGGUAUUAACCAUCAUCGAAACCGUUUACAAAGUAUUAUACUAGCAAAAAUAUUAAAAUGACCAAUUUAACCUUAUACGUAGUGAUAUUUACGAACCUACUCCAUAAUUCCACGUAAUACAUUACAUAUAAUAAUAUAUUACGUUUAUUUCAAAGGACGUUCUCUUUUCCUUUGUUACUUAAAAAGUACAACAUGCGAAUAAACUUUUUUAUAUUAAUUAAGUGUUUUAAUAUUAAGUUACAAUAAGUAUUCGUUGUGACUGUAAGUUUAAAUGUUAAAUGUAUUAUUACUUUUUACCUAAAUUAAGAUAAGCACAUUAUUUUUGCAACAAAAGUUCAUAACAUUCGUGUAUGUACAGAAUUAAUAAAUAGGUAUUUAUUAAUUCUGUACAUGUAUAGGUAACCUAAUUUGUAAUGCAAAAUUAGGUUUCCGCUUCUUUCAGCUCUUCUGUAUAGUAGGUAACUGUAGUGUUCACAUUUUAGUUUAUCAAUCUAUGAACUCUUAGGAUAACAAUUAAAUAAGAAUAAUUAUUAUCAUCAACACAGUGCACGGAGUGCACCGCUUCACCCGAGCGCCAUGACAACUGACCAGUGUUGCUAGCGCAUCUGACCAUUUAUUAUUCGGACAUCACAUCAGUAACAAUUAGGUAUGUAGGUUAGCUACCUAUCUAUUGUGUUGGUGCUGAGAUUAUUUUCAAUUGAAACAGUAUUUUUCGGAUUUAGUCACAUAAUUUAGUUCCUAGGUACAUAAUAUACAUACAUAUUUAUGUUGGUAGAUGCUACAUUUCGAAGACCAAAUAAAAACCCAACAUCUGGGGGCACGGUAGUGCCCCCGCCAGCCAAGACGAGCAAAGCGAAACGCAAGAGCACUACCUACCUCUUCUCGUUUUUUAGAACCCUUAUAACUUGGGUUUGGACUACAACAGAUAUAACAAAAUUUUGGAGAUAUGAUGUCCCGUCCGUGAUUCCGGAUGUUGACGGGAAUAGGUAGUGGACUUAUUAAGCAUUUUUUUUUUCAAUUGCAUAGCUCACUUUCGAUUUUAUUUAUAUCUAAAAAAAAUGAUUUCGUCACUGACUCACUCACUCACUCAUGUUCAUCAAAACUCUUAGGGUACUUCCUGAAGUCCUAGGAAGCUAAAAUUUGGUAUGUAAGAUAGUAGGUUGUAGUGGUUUUAUGGUAGGUGGAUAGUAGGUUUGGUAUGGUAGAUAGGUAUUAGUACACAAACAACAAAAUAAAACUAAAAUACGAAAUUUUUAGCCUCUAAGGGGGUGAAAAGGGGUAGAAUUUUGUAUAGGGAAUCAAUAACCGCUAAAACGAUUUAGUUUAAAUUUGGUAUGGAGAUAGUUUUUAUUACGAAGAAGGAUAAAGAAUACUUUUCAACCCCUAUAUCACCCCGUAAGGGUGAAAAGCGGCAGGAAAAGGGCGUUACGGGGGAAUAGGGGGUUGAAGUUUGUAUGGGGAAUCAGUAAAAAGCAGAUUGUAGAAAAGAUGCCCCCAGAUACGUAUUUAAGGAGUUUUAGUAAAUCACCCCCAACCCGUUAAAUUAGGAGAUGGAAGAUUGUCAUAAGCAACUUACAAAAAGAAGUGAAAUCCCGCCAAAAACAUUUUCAUGUAAAAUGUAGCCAAAACGAAACCAUAAGGCUCGCACUGUCAAAUCAAAAAGUUAUCAGAUCUCUUGUAGAGCGAAGUUUCUAACUCUACAAGUGCAAGCCUUAACUUCACAAACUCUACACCCAGUCAAAAUAUAUGGCUAGGACGUUUCGUUACUACAAGAACUAUUGUAUAACAAAAAAUAAUGAAUAGUGAAUAAUUUUUUCACCUUACGCCCAUGUGAUGGUAGUGGAACGGCCAAGCCACAUAUUUUGACUAAGGUGUAGAGUUUGUGAAGUUAGGGCUUGUAGAGUUAGAAGCUUGGCUCUACAAGAGAUCUGAUAACUUUUUGACAGUGCGAGCUUUAUGGUUUGGUCUUGACAACAUUUUACCUACAUGAAAACGUUUUUGGUGGGAUUAGAUAUUUUAAACUUCCGAAAACUGUUGGUAAAGGUGGAUAAAGUUUAAAAUGUAAGAAAGUCAACCUUUUGUGUCUAUUGUUCCAAUAUUAUAUAAUACAUAUUUUAAGAAUAUAGAUUAGGUAC